AUGGAGGGACUCGGGUUCAAUUUCGGAGACACUACGAAUGCCCCCGGUGAUAACGGGGAUGGCAAUCAAACUCCUUCGAGAGGGUCACAGCGGUCUGGCCAGGCCGUAGCGUCGCCUAGCUCAAGUGGUUCCAAUAAACGUCUCCGGCUUGGAACAACCAACCACCCUCCUACAUCUGGAUCACGUCUCCUACAUCCCAUGCGCUCGUCUCCAGGCGCCAACCUGUUCGCCAACCACCCUGCCACUUCCUCUUCCACGCCGCAUAAGCUCGGAUUUCCAUUGUCGGUACAACAAGCGACAAAUGUCGUAUGUGGUGCCAACCUUGACCCAGACCUCUCGGACAAGGCUCUACGCUUUGCCAGUAAAGGUUUGGGCGAGCAGUUAUUGCAGCUGUACAUCCUAGGCGAAAGCAACACAAAGCACACAAAGCAAGCCCAGCGCCUCGUCAAUGAUGUUUGGGAAAUACCUCAAGAAUGCAGGAUUAACAUCCGCAAAGAGGCAAAGCGCAUGGUGCGCAAUCCUUGUAUUUCCGGCUUUGUUAAUGAGGCAGAGGCUUUGACGAACAAAAUCUUUGAUCGUCAAUGGGGCGUCUCUAAAGAUGCUGGCAAGAUCCCCGCCCGCCGUGCGUUGGUCAAAAAAGAAGCUAGUGUGAACAUCUCUCGUGUGAAAGCGGAUCUAAAGAAGGUUAUCUGGGACGCAAAGACAAACACCGUCAACCAGGGCAAGCUGGAGGACUUUGCGACCAACCUUUUUCGGGCUAAGGUCCUCACAGAAGACCAUGUGCAGAGGGCUGCAAUGAUGAGGGCUCUAACCGCUGGGAUGAACGAGAAGAGCCGUGCACCCAAAGAAUUCUGGAUUUCGAUGACUCGCGGCAUCCAGAAAUACGUCGCUCUGGACGACACUGCGCGCCAGACCAUAAUGGAUGAAUGCCUCCGGAACAAACGUCAACAAUACACGGAGAAUCAGGAUGUUACAACUGGGGACUCGGACGACGACGAGGGAACCAGCCGCAACAUCUCUCCUGGGAAUGAGGGCAGCAAAUCGGGAUUCGAGGGUAUUGAGGGGGAAUGA